CCGGACUUAUAUCUGCAGCGUCGUAGACUAUGCGAUUCGUCGCCUCCUCACCCUCGGUGAACCACUCGGGUAUCUAGGUUCGUGCCACACUUUCCUCCCAAUGUCGCUCCAUCGUGCAGCCAUCUUAACAGGCGCACUUCACCUUCCAAACCUGAUUACUGAAGUCAUUGCGCUUGGAAGAGAGCGACAUCGAAGUCAAGGUUUGGCCAAUAAAACAGAGAGCACAUAUACACGCGUUCUGCGGCUCAAUCGUGAUGCAACUGCUCGUGCCCACGGAACCCCAGGAUCCCUAGGAACGGUGAACAACGUGAAAUGGUGCUGGUAAUUCAUUGGGCGGAGUCCCGUGGGGUGCUUGAUCGUAGCGCAGCGUUGGAUGAUGUCGGCACCCUAGAAGGUAGUA